ACCCGGGGUGUGACAGUAGUUCGAGAGUUAAUGUGCUUAGGCUACGAGCAAGCUUGCUUAGGUCUUGCUAGCAACCUCUGGUUUCCCCGGACUUUAAAACAUUCACAGCAAAAAGAUGGCAGCGGUGUUGGCUGAUACCCAGCAGAACGUCGUUUCCAGGGUUGCUAGUUUGCCUCUGGUGAGUUCCACCUACGAUAUGGUCUCUUCUGCUUAUGUCAACACAAAAGAUAAUUACCCAUAUCUGAAAUCUGUCUGUGAGAUGGCAGAGAAAGGAGUGAAGACUAUUACAGCAGUGGCCCUGACCAGCGCCCUGCCCAUCAUCCAAAAGUUGGAGCCGCAAAUUGCAGUGGCCAAUAGCUAUGCUUGCAUGGGAUUGGACAAAGUUGAAGAAAAAUUGCCUAUACUCUAUCAACCAUCUGGUAAGAUGGUUGCCAAUGCUGUGGAUGCAGUUGUUGGUGCAAAGGAUGCCGUGACAACCACUGUGACUGGUGCCAAGGAUACAGUCACACACACCCUGAGUGAAGUUGUUGACAAGACAAAAGGGGUGGUUCUGGACAGCGUGGAGCUCACUAAAUAUGCAGUCCAUGGCAGCAUUAACACUGUUCUGCAGAGUCGGAUGGUGUGCCUAGUGACCAUUGGAGUGGAUACUGCACUCAGCAAGUCUGAAACUUUGGUUGAUCAGUACCUUCCACAUACCACAGAAGAGCUGGAGAAAGAAGCUACUAACAUGGAAGGAUUUGAAACUGGAGACCAGAAGCUAAGUUACUAUGUUAGGCUAGGGUCUUUGUCUUCAAAGGUCCGAGCACGUGCCUAUCAACAGGCUCUAAAUGCAUUUAGGGAUGCUAAGCUCAGAAGCCAAGAGACAAUUUCUCAGCUCAAUUAUACUGUUAACCUGCUGGAUUAUGCCAGAAAGAACAUGACUAAUGCUAACGUGAAACUUCAAGGUGCCCAACAGAAAUUAUAUAAUUCCUGGACAGAAUGGAGGAAAAACAGUAGCCCUAAUGGCGAGGCUGCUUCACAAAGUGCUGAGCACAUUGAAUCGCGCACUCUAGCAAUCGCACAGAACCUGAGCCAGCAGCUUCAGACCACCUGCCUCACGCUGGUGUCCAGCAUACAGGGUUUGCCCCAGAAUAUUCAGGACCAGGUCCACCACAUUGGAGAAAUUGCAGGAGAUGUGUACAAAAACUUCCGGUCGGCCUCUUCUCUCAGAGAAGUGUCUGACAACCUUCUCAUCUCUAGUAAAGGGCAGUUGAAGAAAAUGAAAGAGUCGUUGGAUGACGUGAUGGAUUAUCUUGUUAACAACACACCCCUCAACUGGCUGAUUCCAGAUUUCACUAUCACAGAGUUGUCUUCAGAAUCUGAUGAGAUACCGGACAUCUCAGAUUUGGAUGAAGAAGGCCUGCCUGACUAUUCCCAUGCAAAUGGCCCAAUCACCAUGGAACAAAUAGUGGAAGCAUAAGAAAAAACUGUUCCUUUAAUAUAAUGUGUGUGUGUGCGUGUAUGUGCAUCUACAUGUACAUAGACACACAAACAGUGAUUAUGCAUACUUAAUUACAAUUCUGCUUUAUGGGACGAUAGCUAUUGGAGAGUGCAUCUUUAAUUUAGAUCAGCCAACAUGCAGCUUCUUGAUUCAUUGUUGUUAUGGAACAUAGACAAGUAUUUUAAAAUAAGCCAUAGAUGCUUUAGGUCACAGGUGUCAAACUCAUGGCAUCACGUUGCUGUCACGUGAUGUAUCACGACGUUUCCCCCCUUUACGGAGCUGGGGUAGGCGUGGCCUGCACAUCCGGCCUGCGGGCUUAGUUUGACACCCCUGCUUUAGGUGAUAGAUAAAAUGUAUUGAAAUGGUCUUAAAUAUCCUUUGAAGUUUAGAUCACAGUUGUGCCAGUUACAGCUUUUGAAGCAACAGCCUUAACAAUUCACCUGAAAUGUGGCCUAUGAGAUGCUUUGCUGUCUUAAGCUUCCUUACUCUCUUAGCAAAGCACUUAAAUUUAACAAUAUGUCUAUAUUUUAAUCCAUCACAAAAACUUCAAACUGAAGUAAUAAGUCGCUCAAUUCUCUGUGAUUGCUCAAUUCUCUGUAAUUGUGUAUUAAGCUUUUGAAAUAAUUUUCUAAUUUUCUUAGUUUGCCCUACACAAAUACAUUGGGAGUGCAAUUCCCAGAUAACAAGGCACACAAUCCCAACACAUUGGAGAGAUCCAUAGUUGAGGAAGGCUGCUUCAAUGCAAUUAAAAUAUUUGGUGACUCUUUAAAGUAUAAUAUUCUUGUGUCAGUGCUUCAAUAACAUAUCAGCCAAGAUGUUAUUAAAGUAAUAAACCUAUAUUCUGCUUGUGGAUUCACAUAACUUGAUACUGCUCCCUAAAAUCCAUUGCAGAUAGAAAACUGGCAGCUCUAUAAAAGAAAUAUUUUUAUUUUAAAUUAUUAUUUUUAAAUAAUUAGGUUAAAGCACACAAUCCCCCAUUAGAUUUUACAUUUAUAGAAGAAUUAAGUUUAAGAUUUAAACGAGUCUGAAGAGAAGUAAUGUACAUAUUCAAAAAGGAUAUAAGAAAGUACCUUCCAAAAAGGGUAGGAGUUUGGAGAAAAAAAUAUUAAAGAUGCAAUGACUAUGCAUGAUGGCCAAAAUAUGAGAAAAUGAAAUUUCUACUUCAGGUUCUGCUCAUUGUACAUUCCUGCUAAAUACGCAAUUUCAACAACAGCCAGUGUAUAAGCACUUAGGCCUAUAUUUCAUGAUGGAUUGGGGGAGUUUCAUGUUUUCUGAACUGAAACCAUGAAAGAAAUAGAAAUGUGAUUGUUAUCAUUUUUUGUCAUUACCAUUUCUUUUCCUAUGCCACUGGAACUUUGUCUCUGUUUGUUGUGGGAAUAUGAGGAUAUUUCUUGGUGCUAAUUUAGUAGAUUCCAUAAAGCUAGGGUUAAGAAAUAAUUGAUUUCCUUUGUAAUUUAAGGUGAGUGUCUCUAAUAUCAGAUGUAGGAUGUAAGUUGUAAUAAAUAUUUACUGAAAUGCCUUGGAAAUAAAGUUUGAACUGAUAUUCGAUUACUGCA